AUGGAAAAAGAACUCAAGGAUAUCAGGGCUUACCAUCUCAAGGUUAUUGAGGACAAGUUGAUUGAACUCAUCACUCAUAAAAAUAGAAUUCUUGCAGCUCAAAGUGAGGAGAUCGGAGAGUUCAAAAAGAGCUUUGAUGAAUUCAAACCACUCACUCAAGUAAUUCAAAAAACUACCCGCGAAUGCCUAUAAGAAUUUUAGUCCAAAUUAGAUGAGGCUGAUAGACAGGCAAUUUAGCAGUUCCAUCAGCAAUAGGAUCAAUUGGAAUACCAUGCCAAUCGACUCAACCAACAAUAGAGCCAAAUGCAAAUGAUCCAAGAAUUGUUUGAAUAACAAACCAAGUAGAGAUUCCAAAUAGCGGAAAUGCAAAAGGCCAAGGAGAGAAUGCUUAAUGAAUUGCAACAAACCAAAGAAGAACUUGAACAGAAGAAAUUCUUGAAGCAACAACUUAUGAACAAUUUUAAAUUGAGUUAGCAACAAUAAAUUUAACUACAAUAAGAACUCAAAGACACAGAGCAUCAAAAGAGAUAUUGGAACAAUCUCCUCCAAGAAGCCAAAGGCAACAUACGUGUCUACUGUCGUAUUCGACCUAAUUCACAAGAGGACAUGUUACUAUUAAAUGGAGAGUGUACGUUGGUACUUCGAGUCCCAGAAAGGUUCUUGAAGUCAACUAAUUGUUAAAAGGAGAGCAGUUUUAAUUUCGAACACAUCUUCAACCAAGAAGCAGACCAAUAAGAAAUUUAUAAUGAACUCUCAGAUUUAGUUCAAAAUGUGGUUGAUGGACAUAAUGUGUGCAUUUUCGCUUACGGAUAAACUGGCUCAGGCAAAACCUAUACUAUGCAGGGCGAUGAUUAUAAUAAGGGUGUGAUACCAAGGGCAGUAGAGCAAAUCUUUCAGGAGAGAUAGGGAAUGCUAGAAUUGGGUUGGUAAACUUCCAUUAGAGUUGGAUUCCAAGAAAUUUAUAAUGAGUAGAGUAGAGAUCUAAUUACCAAUUAAAAGUGUGAUGAAGUCAAAUUAUUAGAUGUUAAGGACAUUUUUGAAGUUGCAGAACAUUUUAAUACUGCUAAAAAGAAUAGACAAGUUGCGGAGACUCUCAGUAACGAAGUGUCCUCUAGGAGUCAUUUUAUAUUUUAGUUAAAUUUGUAAGGACACUUGGGAGAUAAGCAAAUCAAUUCAACUUUAAAUUUGAUAGAUUUGGCUGGUUCUGAAAGGGCAAAUGUAGCAAAAACUGAAGGAGACAGAUUCACUGAAACCAAAGCAAUUAACAAAUCACUAAGUGCCUUGGGUGAUGUCUUUAAUGCUCUUUAUACCAAAUAGCAACAUGUUCCAUUUAGGAAUAGCAAGUUGACUUUUUCAUUGUACAAGUAUAUGGAAGGAAGUUCUAAGACAUUAAUGAUGGUUAACAUUUCAUCAAGAUCAGAAGACUUUUAAUAGACUCUUGCUAGUCUUAGAUUUGCAGAAAAAGUAAAGUCUUGUUAAAUUAAGAAGUGA